ACAAAACAAACAGCAGUCUUUUGAACACACAUCGCGUACACAAGAAUAUACACACACAGCAGGAGUUGUACUUUGGUGUGCGAUCGAUCGAGUCUUUAUUUCGGACGUCGCGACAGAGCUUCAAUUGCAUUGAACACGAAUCAAGUGGUAAUCAGUGGCACAACUUUUCUAAGGAUAAUUUUAGUUUCAACAAGUUCCAGUUGAUUUUGAACAUUCUGCAGGAACCAAGGACACAUUCACUGUAAUAUUGGAUAAAAGGAGACUCUGUUAAGACGGAAAAGAUGAUCUGGAAGAAGUAUCCCGCUAGCUGCUGAGAGUUUUGAGUCAACAGAGAACAAGAUGGCGAGUCGCCGGUCUCGUGGAGACCGCUACUUGUCCAGCGUCAGUGCCAUGUCAGGCAUUUCAUCCAAUGGAUCGGCGGGCACAUUGGACUACUCUCUGACUCUUGCUAGCUCAUUGUCUCCUGGAAGUAGCAUGUCAUUCCUAACUAAAGCUCCAGUGAUGCAAGCAGCAGAGAUCAAAGACUUGCUGAAGUCAAGGCUAGCAUAUUUGUCAGGUGGAAAGGACAGGCGUGGUGGACCAAUCAUCUCAUUCCCUUCACAACCCUCUGAAGUUUCCAUUGAAGACAUCGCUACCACCAUCACCUAUCUUGCUUCGUUACCAAGUACUGAGAGCAAGGCACAUGGCUUCAGUCUACUGGUUGAUAUGAGAGGGUCGGCAUGGCAACCAAUUAAAUUGGUUAUGAAAGUUCUUCAGGAGACACUAGCAGGAAGCAUCAGUGUUAUCUACAUUCUCAAGAAUGAUGCCUCGAGGGCUCGUCAGGGAUCCAGCCUUGGUCUCAAGAAAGACAAGUCACAAUCGUUUGAGACAAUAUUCCUAUCAUCACCUUCCAAGCUUACAAAGUACCUCGACACAAGUCAGCUGACAGAAGAUUUUGGGGGCGCACUUGACUACCAUCAUCAAGAAUGGCUGCAGAAUAGACUGGACUUUGAGAAGUUCUUGAAAGAUUCCAGUCUGACGGAGAAACGUCUCGAGCAAGCUCAUGAGGAGCUGUUGUCAAGACAAGACGAGAGGCUGACUCCAGAAGACCAGCUACGUCGUCAGAAACGAUUGAGGGAGGUUGUCAUUGACCAACCGAGCAGUGUGCUACAACUUGGCCAUUCCCUUUCACGACGUGUGGAGACCGACUCGGGUUUCCAGAGGCAAGGCGGAGACCAGGGCUUCGCUACAGAGGACCAACUGCUGAUGCACCGAGAGGUGGAUCAAAGACUCGAUGCUCUGCAACAAAAACAGAAUCAACUCAGGAUGUACCUAGCAGAGAGAGAUCGAGAGCUAGGUGUCCACAUGCAGCUAGGUGAUAUGGAGAGUGGUAUCAAAAAGGUAAUUGACUGGAUAGUUGGACCAGGAGAGAAGCUCUUAUCGUCACACAUAGACAUUGGCAAUGACUACAAGACUGCUGAGAAACUCAGGAGGGAACAUGAGAAACUAGAACUCAAGUGCACCGAUAUUUAUGGCAAUUAUGCCGAGCUUCGUCAUGUAGCGGACUCCAUCAUUAAGAGUGGUCAUCCCCAUGCGGGUGACAUCGGUGCUCAGAAGGACUACCUAGAUACAGUAUGCCGUAGCUUUGCUUCUCGUCUGGAGAGGCGGCGGAACCUCGUUAUUGGUUCCGUCAGAUUCCACCGAUUAUCACAAGAAGCAUUUUCCAAACUAGCAGACCUACUAGAACUAUGCACAGGAGAAGUUGAAGUAGAUUCUGUAGAGAGCACUGAGGAAGCUCUUAGACUUCUCCUGGACAACUUUGACAACUCAAUGUACACCACAGAUCGAGCCAUUCGUGAGGGGAAGAGUAUUUUGGAGAUGAUGAGCCUACCUAUCAAGAAUGCCUUUGGUAAAGACAUCACACCAAACUAUGAGAAGCACAUCGCCCAUGUCGAGCGCAUCUUGGCAGAGCUUGAGGGACGAAGGGCACGGUGUCGUGACCUGGCUGAGGUCAGGAAGCUCAAGCUUCAGCAGUUGUUGCAGCUCAAGAGCUGCGAGAGAGAUGCUGAACAGGCUAUUGCUUGGCUUCUUGAGCUGCUAGAUAACAUGCUCCUACAGCAUAUUGAGGUUGGAAGAUCAGCAGAUGAGGCUGCUUCUCUCAAGGAUGAACACAGUAAAUUUGAAACUACCGCAAGGGAAACUUAUGACUACGGUCUAAACCUUUUACGGACUUCCCUGAUGCUUAGACGAUCCCUUCAUAUGAACCUUGAACCAAGUCAAGACAAGUCACAACGUCUUGAGGCUGCCUGGUACCAGUUCUCACAGGCCUUGGGGGAGAGGUCAUCAAGGCUCUCAGUGUCUCUCAUGUUCCAAAGAAAUGCUGAGAAGCUAAUAUCCCAGAUGGACAAACUGUGCCAGGAGGUGGCUCCAAGAGUUGCAGGGUACGGUGGUGAUGUAGGAAGCAGGCACCUACUUUCCUAUGAACCGAGACGACGUGCUCUACUUCGACAGUACAGAGAGGCUGCAGCCAUGGGUCAGGCUCUCCUAGACAGGCUUGCUCUACCAGUGGUUUCACCUGACAGGGCUUCCAGAUCUAACAUGAGAGUCAUCCCAGAGCAGCUCCAGCCGGCUGCGGACCACCUGGCACAGAAGAUGGCCGAGCUGGAGAACAAGAGACGGGAGAUGGAGCUCCUGUUCGGUGACACCGAUGGUGGCUCUAUGUUCACCCCUACCUCCUCCACCUCCUCCCUGGCUCCUGGUGCUGUUCAUGGGGAACCGCUUCCAGAGAUGGACUGGGAUGUGGUGGCCAAGAAGGAUGUGCCCGUCGAAGAGGUUGUACCCAUUGUAGCAACAAAACAACAGUCUGUGAUGUCAGCUCCUCCACCAAGUCUCAAUGGUAGGAUGAAUGGAAGAUUGACUGGAAGUCACGGCAGCUUGAAUGGAAGCCGUUCAAGUCUCAAUAGGAUGCCUCCUCCAUCACCUAAUCGCUAUGGCAUCAGACCAGAAGAUGAGGCAUUGAGGCGAAUGAAGGAUUUUGAGGACAAAGUAAAGGAGGUAAGUUUCAGAAAUCUGUCAGUGAGAGAAAUACUUCCAUACUAUAUUAUACACUUAUUAUUUUUCAUUAAAAAAGAAGAAAGGAAAGGAUUGAAUACUUUUAACCCCUUUGAAAAAAAGUAAAAAUGACAAGUAAGAAGUAAAUCGGAGGCAAUUCUGAUAAUUUGGUGGUCAUUCUGUGAUGAGAGUACAUACUUCCCUCAUUUCUGGAGUAAUGUACCCCCUAAUGUCUUAAUAAUAAAAGUAUGCAUUGUUCAAACAGUGCACUAUUUACAUUAUUUCUUUUCAUAUGCCUAGAAGUCAUUUUGGAUGAGAACCUUUCUCAGCAAAUUUGAAAAGAAUGCAAUAUGACAAUAUAGAUGGAAUUUGUCUUGAAAUGGCAUGCUGUUUGGAGAUCUUACCAUUCAUAAUGAAGAAGGGGUUUGAAUGAUUUCCAAUCAAGAAUUAUUGAUUUUUAUUUGACUUAUAUGACCAUCUUGCAAUUUUCUUUGCAUGAUUAUGAUGUUAUUUUAUGAGUUUAUGUUAUUGGUGGAUGAUUUUAAUCAUUUUCAGUGUUGGUGUGAUUGAUGGCAGUAGACAGAUAUGUUCAAUGGUGAUGUUGAUGAUUGCUUUGAUGGUAUCACUAUUGCUGCCAAUGUAGUUAAUGUCAGUGUUGGUGUAGUUGAUGGCAGUAUUUGGAUUUAUUCAAUUCUGAUACUGAUGAUGGCUUUGGUGACAUCAGUGUUUGUGUUAGUGUUAGUGUAGUUGGUGGCAGCAGUGGGAUGUAUUCAGUUUAGAUACUGAUGGUGGGAUUAUUGAUGCCAUUCAAAAUAACAGCAUUUGAUGAAUUCAAUAGCAGUAAUGGUGCCAUUUGUCAAUGUGAUUGAUGGCAACAUUGUCGUAUGUGUUCACUAUGAUGAUGUUUAUGAUUGCAUCGUUGAUGGCAGGGUUUGGAUAUUUUUAGUAUUGCCAUCAUUUGAUGUCAGUAGUGUAGUUGAUGUUGAUUGUGAUGGCAGAUUGAGAGCGAUUUUUUAAGUCUUAUCCUUUUUGGGUGUAUAUUGUGCAUUUGUGACAAAUGAGAUGUUUGGAGCAACAGGCACUUUUCUUUGCUGCACAUUUUAAGAAAUGCUGUUUGCUAUGGUUGUUUUCUUUUCUAAAAGGCAAAGAGAGCUAGUUUCGGGGAAUAUUUUUUACCUUUAAAAGUUAAAUUGUUGGAAUUUUUAUUUAGAGGUUUUAUUUAUUUAGAAGUUUCUGCAAAGAAAAGAAAGGGUGCGAUCCUUGUUAGAAAUGAUUACCCGCUCUUCUUUGAACCCCACACCCUGAAACAAAUCAAACAAGUAGUAUAAUUUAACAAGCUCGAUAGAUUGAUGAAAAUACAAGGAAAUUAUAUUAUAAGGGAUCCAAAAUAUUUUUGUCUGCUCAGUAGUGUUUUAUAUUAGUGUUAGUAAAAAAUGUUACAUACUUGGGUAUUGAAUUGAAUUGAAUUUAUUUCCGUUAAAAACAAAUAACAAUACAUAUAAAAUGAUACAUGUGAAUUGAUAAUUGGAAAACGGGAGGAUGGCCCUACUCAGCAGCAUCAAUCAUGGUGCUGCUGGUCUACCGAGGGGUCCUCAUAUAGCAU